AGGGGACGCGGCCGCGCUACCAUGGCGCUACACGUUUAACGUUCUAGUUUCUCCCCUGUGACAGUUGCUAAUCUAGUUUAUGUCUCAUUUUAGUUUAGUUUUUAGCUGUUGACUUUGUUUUCUUGAAAUAGCCAUUUCAAAGGAGUAUGUCCGGUGGAAAUAAAGCCAUAGAGCUGCAGCUGCAGAUGCGUCAGAAUGCGGAGGAGCUGCAUGACUUUAUCAGAGAUCUUGACAGCUGGGAAAACGAUAUCAAAAAGAAAGACGAAGAGCUGAGAAGUGAGAGUUCUGACCACAUUCAGAAGCAAAAUCUACCACCUGUUAGAAACAAGGACUAUAAAAAGCAGAAGACAAACAACAACGUGGCUUCCACCAUUACAAAGAACGAUCAAAAGAAAGAAACGAGAAUAAAAUCCUACGACUACCAAUCAUGGGAAAAAUUUGACGCGGAUAAAGAAUUAGAAAUGCUGGACAAAGAUGUCAGCCCUGUCGAGUCUGAGUCAGAUUCAGAAGAAACCGGGAUCCACAUUGACAGAGAACAGGCUCUUGCUGAAAAGGAGAAAGGCAACCAGAUGUUUAAAGAAGGGAAAUUCGAUGAUGCCAUUGAUUGUUACACCAGAGGCAUGAGUGCUGAUCCUUACAGUCCGGUUUUGCCUACAAACAGAGCAACUUGUUUUCUGAAACUCAAAAAGUAUGCCGUCGCAGAGUCCGACUGUAACCUGGCCAUCGCUCUGGACAGAAACUACGCUAAAGCUUAUACCAGACGGGGAGCCGCUCGCUUUGCUCUUAAAAAACUCGAGUCUGCCCUAGAAGAUUAUGAAAUGGUUCUUAAACUGGACCCUGAAAAUCACGAAGCACAAAAUGAAGUGAAGAAGAUAAUAACGGCUAUGCCCUCACAGGCAGACGGGAGCCAGGCAAGCGAAACGACCCAGGAGGAGGUGACAGAGUCAGAGAGUCAGCGGAGGCACGCCGAGGAAGCGCAAAGACGGCAGGAGGCUGUCGUGCAGAAAGACCGGGGAAAUGCUUACUUUAAAGAAGGGAAAUACGAGGCCGCCGUGCAGUGCUACACCCAGGGGAUGGAGGCCGACGGCAGCAACGCGCUCUUACCGGCCAACAGGGCCAUGGCUUAUCUGAGGCUCGACAGGUACCAAGAGGCGGAGCAUGACUGCAGCCAGGCCAUAGCCCUGGACAGCUCCUACUCCAAGGCCUUUGCCAGAAGGGGAACCGCCCGGGCAGCCAUGAGGAAGCUGAGGGAGGCAAAGGAAGAUUUCGAACAGGUGUUGAAGUUGGAGCCGGGAAACAAGCAAGCAGUGAAUGAGAUCACGAAAAUCACAGCUGAAAUGGCUGCCAGUGGUGUGGAAGUGGAUCCGACAAAUCAGAGGAGAAUCGUACAGCCAGUCAGUAAACCCCCCCACCUCCGGUCGACGAAACCUCUUAAAAGGAUGGACAUUGAAGAAGUUGGAGAUCCAGUCCCCAUCAUUCCUGUAACCGUAGCGACAUGUACAGCAGCCAGCGGGGCAGCUCGGCCUGUCACCGACACGGGGGCCAGUGAGGAGGGGCAUCUGUCGGCAGGCAGCUCUCCCUGCGCUAAGAUCCAGAAGAUAGAGGAGAUCUCGCACUCUUCCACACAGGCCUCAGAAAAAGGCCUUCAUGAGCACAGGGUGAGUGCUCAGGCACCAUCAAAGCCCACAGGGAAGGAACCAGGCGACCAGCAGGAUCUGCCGCCUCCAGAGGGCGUGGCUCUUCCAACGCUUCCGACGAACAGCUUCCAGCUGGAAGCUGACCUGAGGAAGUUGAGAAAUUACCCUGAGCUCACCUACAAGUAUUUAAAGCAAAUCGAACCAACCUCGUACUUAAAGAUUUUCCAGAAUUCGCUGGAACCAGAGAUCUUCAACCAGCUCCUGAAAAUACUGCAGGCUUUCUACCUACCGUAUGAAGAACCAUCUCUGAUAUUUGACAUCCUGAAGAACCUCUCAGAUGUAAGAAGGUUUGACAUGGCAAUAAUGUUCAUGUCCUCUGCUGAAAGGAAAGUUUUAGAAGAACUCUUUGACCGUCUUCAUAAAGCUGGAUUACAGGACGCUUCUGUUUGUACCUUGAAGAAGAAAUAUGGACUCUGAUCCCGGAGUUUUUCCCAGGAAAUUCAGGACCUGCGCAGCACUGGCUGCAGAUCCCGUGUGUAGCUGACUGCGCAGCAUGCUGCUUUGGGACGUGCUGCUGAUGAGCCUUGGCUGUAUGAUGAUGGAAUAUGCAGCUUGUGGACUUUAUUUGGCUCUCUCGCCAAAUGGUUUUACCGGUGACACGCUGCUCCACUGUAUCUGCAUCAUUUUUCUUCUCUUAUAUGCACUCUGAGGUUCAGAAGCAGCCAAGCCAUAUCAGAAACGCCAUGGCACAGUUCAUAUUGCAUCACAGAACUUCUGCAUGGCCCGGUUUGGCCUCCAGAGAUGAUACUUUGUAGGAGUUUGACCCUCGGAUAGUUUUUCUUUCUUUUCAUAGUUUUCAAAUGCAGAUACUCCAUUUGACCUUUUCCUCUUACCUGUACCUUGUAGAACUUAUAAGUUGCAGCGCAGGACCUGCUAUAUAUGCUUAGAAAUUACCAGAAGUAAGGAGAGUAUUGGUGUUACCCAGCCAUAGAAUAUAAUACAUAUAAUGACAUAUACAUAUAACAAUCCAUUGUGUAUUUGUAUCUGAAUUGCAAACAGCGCGGUGUGAUUUCAUUGCUUUGGGGAGAACUGCCUCUGGUUUCGUUUGGCCUGUUACUGCUGCUUCCACAGCAUUUCAUAAAGUCACUUUCAGCGUUGGACUUCUCUACCAGUCUAUCCCAAGAGUGUUAUAGGGAAUACUCAUUUCUGAGACUGUAAGUGAAUAAGCUGUCAUUCAAGUAGAAUCUUCCUUAUUGACUGCAUUUCUUGUUUAUCAAGCCAGAAUUCCCAGAGUGCAACUGUUUUACAGGCUGUGGACUGUUGCCAUAAGUUAAACUAUCACAGGUAAUCUAUGGAAAUAUUUUUGCAUUGUUACACCUAUUCUGGAAUCUAAUAAACAAGUGUACCCGAUGAGUAUA